AUUAUCUGAAAGCGGAGGAGCGAUGUUGUUUACGUAAAAUAAAAAUAGAAAACAAUUAUAAAAUAUGUUUAGAAUAAUUUUCAGUAGUUUGUUAUUAUCAACAGUGCUAUGUGUAUACCAAAAUAAUAGCGGACUGAAUAAAAGAAACUUUAUUUACGAUACAUACAAAUAUGAUACGAGAAUUGAACUCAUCAUUAACAAUGAAACAGAACAGAUAAUGGACUUCUACGAGGAGACGGAGUUAUGGCACGGCUACCCCACCCGUGUGCAUGUGUCGACGAACGAGACGCUCAAUGUCGACAAUCCUGUUUUUGUGACCGCGACCCAGCAGAAAGGCGUAUCAUCAUGGGAGCUUCCAUUACUGGUGCAGACACAGAGUGGAGCGCUGAUGUUCUCCAGUAUGGCGCGGACACUCUGUCCACAUGACGCGGGACCAGAUAUAAAGUCGGAGAACCGGCCAAUGAUCCAGAUCACGACGUCCAACCCUCGGAACGUGUCCGUUGAUAUCAAGCUGCGGCGGGUCACUGACUUCUACGUCGAUGUCAAUAAGGAGUUAUCCCUGAACGCGACCCCGAGUUCUCCGAAGUACUUCUACUUCUCCUUCGACCAGCAUCCGUGGAACAUCACCGGGGGACCGAUGCAGAAGAGCGCCGGCGCAGUGGCACAAAGGUUCAACUAUACAAUACCCAAGAGUGUGAUCCUGAUCAUUGAAUCUGAUGAUGACAUCUGUGCCACAGUGUCCAUACAGAAUAACUCGUGUCCAGUGUUCGACAGUGAGAAGGAAGUGCUGUACAAGGGGUACCAUCUCACCAUGAUGAGCAAGGGAGGCAUCACAUUAACGCAAUCAAUGUUCCCAGCGGGGUUCUACAUAGUGUUCAUAGUCCGGGAGAGCGACCAGCAGUGUACCGGCUCCAGCACUGCGGCGCACAGCCUCGCUGAUGGCAACAGGAUGAAGAACUUCAGAUUCCGCGUGAUAGCCACAGUGUCGUACCGGGAGUACGUGGUGGGGGCUCUGGUUACACUGGCGCUGGUCGCCGUGGUGGCUCUGCUCGUGAUAGUCGCCGUGCUCGCGUGUACCUGUCGAUGUAGUGAAACAGUAGUGAUAGUGGAGUCGGAGCCUAUAGCGCAUGCGUCGACGUCGGGCGAGGCGAGCGGCGCAGGCGCAGCGGCUGAUACUGCGCGGGUAUUGGACGACAGUGAUGAUGAUGAUGACAUCGGAAUAGCGGAAGAGAAGUGGUCUCACUCGCACCCACUGACCGUGCAGAAGUUGACGCGAGCGACGCCCGAGACACAGGCGAGGAGAUCGGAAAGAUACUUCUGGGGCGCACUGACGGUGGCGGUGGUGUACGCGCUGCCUGUAGUACAACUACUCUUCACAUACCAAAAGAUGGUAUUCCAAACAGGUGACCAGGACCUCUGUUACUACAACUUCCUCUGUGCGCACCCUCUGGGGUUCCUCUCAGACUUCAACCACGUGUACUCCAACGUUGGCUACGUGGUGCUGGGCCUGGUCUUCAUGGCCCAGGUCAGGCAUCGACAGGUCAAGAACAGGGGGAAAGCGCAGGAUAUGGGCGUCCCGCAGCACUACGGGCUGCUGUACUCGAUGGGGCUGGGGCUCAUCAUGGAAGGCCUGCUCUCUGCCUGCUACCAUCUCUGUCCUAAUAAGAUGAACUUUCAGUUCGACUCGUCGUUCAUGUACGUGAUAGCAGUGCUGGUGAUGGUGAAGUUGUACCAGAACCGUCACUCCGACAUUGUGCCCAGCGCUCACUCCACGUUCAUGGUAAUCGCCGUCGUCAUGACCAUAGGUCUGUUCGGCAUCCUAUACCCGAGCGUACCGUUCUCGGUGCUAUUCACAAUCCUACACAUGCUGACCUGCUUCAUACUCACACUGAAGAUUUACUACGCCGGCAGGUUCAAACUGGAGUGGUCGGCGGCCACCCGCGGCGUGUCUGCGCUGCGGCGGGCGGGCGCGCGCGCACUGCGACCCGCGCACUCACCGCGCGCCGCGCUGCUCGCCGUCGCCUUCCUCGCCAACUGGGCCUUCGCGGUCUACAGCGCGGUAGUCCAAAACAAAGAUUUUGCUCGUCAACUCCUAGCUAUACUGAUGGGGAACGCGAUCCUAUACACGAUGUUCUACGUGGCUAUGAAGCUCCUACAUGGGGAGCGACUGGCCCCCCACACGUGGCUGUACGGGGUGCUGGCCCACGCUGCGUGGUUCGCGGCGCUCAAGCUGUUCCUCGACUCCAAGACUAAGUGGUCGGAAACUCCGGCCCAGUCGCGUCGUCACAACGCAGAAUGCUCAAUCCUCCAGCUAUACGACUCCCACGACGCCUGGCACCUUCUGUCAGCGGCCGCCAUGUUUCUAUCAUUUAAUAUGCUGCUAACUAUUGACGACCUCGUCGCUAACGUACACAGAGAUAAUCUACACACGUUCUAGAGAAAUGUAUACAGUGUAUAGAAUUGUAUACAUUCUCUAGAGAAUGUAUAGUGUAUACAAAUGAUUUAAUACUUGUAUACAGCUUAGAAAAUUGUAUACAUUCUAGAGAUUGUAUACAUAUUAUUUAACAGCCGAAUUCAGAGAUAUUUAUGGUUACAUAACCUAAUUUUUUUGUGUGAAAAAUCUUCGAAUGUCUGCUUCAACACCACCCAGUUCCUACUACU